AUCGGGGAAUUGGCCCUUCUAUACGAGCGACCGCGAGGUGCCAGUGUCACCACCCUCAACGAGGUCACAGCGUGGUGCCUUGAUCGAACGACUUUCAAAGCCAUCCUGCAGAAUACAGCCUCCAAGCAGAGAUUACUAUAUGCUGGAUUUAUCUCAAAGGUACCUCUAUUCAAAAACCUGGACACGGUCACCAAGAACAUCAUCUGCGAUGCGCUGAAACCACAGGACUACGACGCAGGUGAUGAGAUUAUAAUAGAAGGUGAUGAUGGAGAUGAAUUUUUUAUAAUCGAAACUGGUACUGUAGAAUGUCUAAAGACUGUAGAAGGCCAGCAAGUCCGUGUAUGUCCUCCCCUUGGCCCCCCUACAUAUUUCGGUGAGCUUGCUCUAUUGCGGAAUGCACCUCGUGCGGCAACAGUCAAAGCCGUAGAGGAUGUUUCUGUGCUCUGCAUCGACCGAGGCACCUUUGAUCGUAUAGUUGGCAGAAUUGACGGCGUCGAGAAA